AUGAAAUAAUUUUUAUUCGGAAAUAAUGAAACGUCAAACGUAGAAUCAGUGAGCUUUGGAUUUUUAUAUCAAAACAAAACAUAUUUUUUGAAUCGGUUUUUAGUUUCAUUUUAUUUAACAAAGUAUUGAAGAUAGUUUACUAGCUCAAAAUGCAUUACUAGACACAGUUACAAUGGAUCAUCAACAAUCGGCUGGAAAUUUGGAAACCGCUGAAAAUUAUGCCCGGCAUCGGAAACCCAAAACCGAUCCGCUUUGUUGUCCCAUCUGUGGUGUCACACUACGUUCAAAUGAAAUCGAUCAACACUUUGCACUAGAAGUGGACCGACUGGAUAAAAUAUUGAAGCCUAAAAAGAACGAUUUCAAUGGUCCGUAUAAUGUCACUACCACUGAUAGGGCUUCGCCGGUUGCUGGACCAAGUGGAAGCAAUUACUCAUUCAAAUUGUCGAAUGGGCAUCCAAAUUCUGAGGACAAUACUGAUUCAUCUUUAGUAGCUAGUCCUGAUGAAUGCUGGGGUACUUAUCAAAAAAUUAAAAAUAAUCGACAGGCGAGGUUAAAGAUGAAAUCUCGUAAGCGAAAGCCGGAAGAUAAUGUUUGUCCGGUGUGUAACAAAACUGUUUCUGAAGAAAUCACAGCUCAUGUAGAUGCUUGUCUGCGUAAGUCUGAUGUAAACGGUAAUGGUGUUUCAAGUAGAACACACGAUUCGGACGACGAUGAUGCCAGCAUUGAUGUGGAAGGCGAAUCCUUUGAAGUGUACGAAUGGGCCGGCCAUACGAGAGUCCGAACCACCAAUGUAAUGCAUCAAAGUGGUUCAAUAGCAAGCACUGCGGUUCGUGUUACCAACGCUGAUGACACUGAUGAUGAGCUCAACGUCGACGGUGACGAGACACAGAUUUACGGACCGCCUCAGUACUCGGAACGUGAUGUGAUCUACCCUAUGGCGGAACAUCGUUUCAAGGACUCGUACCUUCGCGGCUUAGUGAUGGCAAAUGAGCCGGUGACAGUGAAACGACCCGAGUCAGAUAAUCCAUGUGAAGGGUCUAGCAGGAACACUACUCAAUUCUCGCAGUCAAAGAGUCAAAUCUCUGCAAAAAUUGAACCGCGACAUAAUGAGAAUACCGAACAGAUAAUAGCAUCACUGAAAUCUAAAAUUCGAGAAUAUGAAGGCUACAUCCAGAACAGACCAAAAUGUUUAAUUUGUAUGGAUGAUUUCAAGAAACCGGUUGUAUCAAUCUGUUGCUGGCAUGUGUACUGCGAGGAAUGUUGGCUCCAUACGCUUGGAGCGAAAAAACUUUGCCCUCAGUGCAGUAUGAUAACUUCGCCAACCGAUUUGCGACGCAUUUAUCUGUAAGAAAAAUGUCGCCGAGCCGGAUAGAUACAUGUGAUUCAUGACUACAGGUUUAUUUUUAAGCCAUUGACUGCAAAGAGCUACAGCAUAACCGUAGCAAAUGCAUUUGAAAUGUCGUUCAAAUAACUGACACGAAUUUUAAUAACUGAAGACAAUAAGGCGCCGAAAACUCCGAAUAACAAAUGGUACAACGUUACCUAACUAAAGCGAUGUUUCUCCAAAUGAUAUAUUUUAACAUUCCGUAUGCCGAAAAAAAGAUACUAGCUUUAAGUUUCACUGUCUUUUAUAAAUCGUCAAGUAUCCAGUAUGGAACUCUUUUACGUUUUAUUAUAAUAAACCUUUUUAUGCACUUA